UCUCCAACAUGCGAAACGACGCGUUUUAUCUUCACUAAAACGGUGUCGUUAGUAGCUGCGUAGCUCCCAAGUUAACCUCUUGCUUCGUCUACAAAUGGGAAACGGAGCAAGUGGCUGUUGCGUGGCCGGAGACACUUCGAGACGAUGCGGUGUCGAACGCUUUCACGACAACCUCGGUCACUCUUUCAGCUAUGUCCGGCCAGUCCUCGACGGAUCAAGACCUUCUUUCACGCGGGAACCGUCUCUCCAACCCGACCCGAUCCCUGGAACUACGACCACUUUCCGUUCAAUCUCCGGCGCUUCCGUUAGCGCCAAUAACUCAACGUCGCUCUCUGACUCUCUCUCAACGGACUUGUCGUUAAAGGCCUCCGGGUUUGAGAGCUCUAACAAGUUCGCUUCCUUUCCCCUCAAGCCUGUGCCGCGUGGUCCGACGAAGAAGCCGAGUCACGUGUCCGGUCCGUUCGAGCGACGGUUUUUAUCCGGUCCGAUCGAAACCGGUUUGGUUAAGAAGAAAAAGAAGACCAAAUCAUUUUCUAAACCUAAACCGAACAAGAGACUUGCCACGUUUAAAACCAUUUUCACAAACUUGAUAUCUAACAAUCAAUCUCGCUCGAAGAAGGGCUUGAUCGAGCCAAUCAACAGUUUCAAUUCAUCAACUUCGGAUCAUCAUAGACCUGAGAUCAAUAACUCAAGCACAAGCACGAGUCUGAGCAGCCAAGAGAGCCCUAGAACCAAAGAAAGAGAAGACUCUGAAGAAGAAGAAGAAGAAGAAGAAGAGGGGAAGAGUGAGUGUUCUCUAGAGGAGCCAAAGAUUCAAUGGGCGGAGGGUAAAGCAGGGGAAGACAGAGUACACGUCAUCCUCUCUGAGGAAAACGGUUGGCUUUUCGUGGGUAUUUACGACGGAUUCAACGGUCCAGAUCCACCGGAUUAUCUUCUCAACAAUCUCUACACCGCCGUGCUCAAAGAGCUCAAAGGGUUGCUAUGGGACGACGAAAACAACUCCGAUGAUAUUGCAUCAUGUAGCGAAGAAGGUCAGUCCCAGAUAAGGAAACAGAGUACACUGGAAGGAGGCACUGUUGCUUGUGACACAAGAAACAUAGUUGCUUGUGACUCAAGAAACAUAGCUGAGGAUGUGAAGAAGCUGCAAUGGAGAUACGCUUCGAAACAGAAUUAUAUAGAAUCUGACUCGGAGAUGAUUAACCACAAAGACGUGCUGAAAGCACUUGAACAAGCGUUGAUGAAAACAGAGGAAGCGUUUGAUCAAACGGUGGAUGAGAAUCCAGUGUUAGCCUUGAUGGGGUCCUGCGUACUUGUGACACUAAUGAAAGGUGAAGACGUUUACGUGAUGAGCGUCGGAGAUAGCCGAGCGGUUUUGGCGCAAAGAUCGUAUCUCGGGAGGAAGAAGGUGGCGAAUGAUCUUCAGAGAAUCAAGGAAGAGGGUGGUCCGUUAAAGACUUGUUUGGUCAGAGAAAAAAGAGUCAGUCUUCUGGUUCCUGUUCAGCUCAAUAUGGAACACAGCACAAACGUUCAAGAGGAAGUGAGAAGAAUCAGGAAUGAACAUUCUGAUGAUCCAUUGGCGAUAGAGAAUGGUAGAGUGAAAGGUUACCUCAAGGUCACUCGUGCAUUUGGCGCUGGAUUUCUCAAACAACCGAAGUGGAACAAGGCGGUUCUAGAGAUGUUCAGAAUAAACUACGUUGGAACAUCGCCGUACAUCACGUGCUCCCCGUCGCUUCACCACCACAGACUCACGCCGCAUGAUAAGUUCCUUAUCCUCUCUUCUGAUGGAUUGUAUGAAUACUUCUCCAGUGAGGAAGUCAUCUUCGAGGUUGAGUCUUUCAUCUCAGCCUUCCCCGAAGGCGAUCCUGCUCAGCAUCUCAUCCAAGAAGUCCUCCUUCGAGCUGCCAAAAAAUAUGGUACUAAGAACAAAACACAAACGCAGUUUACCAUGCAAAACGCUAAAAAAAAACUCACGUACAACUUUGUUUGGUUUUCAGGUAUGGAUUUCCACGAAUUGUUGGAGAUACCUCAAGGAGAUCGUCGCAAGUAUCAUGACGAUGUUUCUGUGAUUGUGAUUUCACUUGAAGGAAGAAUUUGGAAAUCUUCCAUGUGAAUAAAAAACCGUGUGUGAUCCACUUAGUUUUUUGUUAUGUUAUCUAUUUCUGGCAUACACAAUAUGCUUUGUUUUCCAUAACCAAAUAUUUAGUUUAGCAAAUAUGAUAUAUAAUGCAAGAAGAGAAUGACCAUUUUAUUUUGGCAUAAUAUAUAGUUAGACGGUAUGUAUCUUUUUGUAUUGGUCACUUAACUGUAUUUGGUAAGGAGAAACAACAUCCCCUGCUUUCAAUAUGCCAUAUUUUUGCCAACCA